AUGGUCCUUACAAGAGCCGGUGAACAAGCCAUUCUCCAUCAACAUUUGCUUGAUUUUGCCCAUAUUGAUCUUGAACGAACUAAUUAUAUUACCUCCACAGCUCAAUCUACAUUUGUUUAUAAACCACGAAAAUUCAUGAUGGCUGAAGAAAUUUUAAAAGACGUGAUCGUCAAAAAUAUAAUAUCUGCAUCAAAAUUUACAGGUAAAUUUGAGCAAGAUGUGAAGUUAUGGAUACGGGAUAUCAGCGCUUCUUUUGAUAUGGCAAAAUUCUAUCCAAGUCAGGCAUUACAAGUUGUACCAGGUUUUCUUUGUGACAAUGCUUUAGGAUGGUACUUAAAUAAUCGUGCGGACCUUCACAGUUGGGAUAUCUUUCUUCAACGACUUCGAGCUACUUAUUCAUCACCAGCAGCCAAACAAAUUGCUUCUCAAAAACUUCGUACUCGUAAACAAGGAUGGAAUGAAUCAGUCACUGCUUAUUAUACAGAUAUUAUACGUCUCUGUAAAACUGUCGAUGAUAAAAUGACGAAUGCGUCUAAACUUGAUCAUCUACAAUAA